UUAAGCAACCAUUUGUCGACAGAUGUAGUGAUUGUAGUGUUGUUUCAAAUGUCAGACCAUUUGAACGAUAACUUAACGAUUUGUUUGUGACGACCGACUGAUUUACUCACGAAGACAUGACCUCCGAAACUAUUGAAUACAAAAUACCGGCCGAUAAUGAGCUGCGAUUUGAAGCGGAUGAAGAAGUUGUGGUCUGUGAACUCAAGUCRGGUUUGGCCGAAAUGUUUGGCACCGAACUUAUGAAAGGCCACAAAUACAGUUUCGGCAGCGGAUCCAAAGUAGCCAUAUUUACAUACCACGGAUGUAUCAUUGAAUUGACUGCUAACACACAGGGUGUCCAUAAAAGUCAAUAUACCUCACGUGAACAUCAAAUGACUUUUUAUGUCAAUUUGAGCGCCGCUUUGGAAUCGUUAAGAAUGAAGGCUCAAGAAGAAGAUAYAAUUGGACCCAAAGUCAUGAUUGUUGGUCCGUCUGAUUGUGGAAAGUCUACUCUAUGUCGCAUAUUAUUGAAUUAUGGCGUCAGACUCGGUCGGAAACCACUUUUUGUUGAUCUCGAUCCCGGUCAGGGAAGUGUUAGCAUUGCCGGCACUAUCGGUGCCGUUACUGUUGAAAGACUAGCCGAUAUUGAAGAAGGAUAUUCAUUGGUGGCGCCUAUUGUUUAUCAUUUUGGCCACACAUCUCCCGGCGCAAAUAUAAAUCUUUAUAACAUUUUAAUGAAAAGUCUGGCCAAAGCUGUUGAUCUUAAGAUGGAAACCGAUUUGAAAACUAAAUACUCUGGAGUUGUGAUCAAUACGUGUGGUUGGGUUAAGGAUGGCGGAUAUAAUGCCAUUCUUCAAGCAAUCAAAGAUUUUAAAGUCAACAUUAUAUCAGUCUUAGAUCAGGAAAGGCUUUACAAUAAUUUAGUUAAAGAUGUGGCAAACAAUUCAGUUAAUGUUAUAUUUACCCCGAAAAGUGGCGGAGUUGUCCCGCGACCGCGAGAAUACCGAAUUGAAUCGAGAGAUGCCAGAGUUCGGUGGUAUUUCUACGGCACUCUCAAAGCUGGUCUCUAUCCAUAUUCAUUUGAUGUACCAUUUAGUCAACUAAAAGUAUACAAAGUCGGUGCACCAAAUUUGCCCGAUUCUUGUAUGCCAAUAGGUAUGCGGACAGAGGAUAACCUAACAAAACUGGUCGCUGUUGUGCCCACUCCUCAAACACUUCUCAAUCACAUACUGGCUGUUUCAACGGCCACUUCAAUUGAAGAUAACCUUCAAGUUCUAGAGUCUAAUGUCUAUGGCUUUGUUUGUGUUACUAAUAUUGAUGUCGAGCGCCAAAUGGUUACCCUUUUAUCACCUCAACAAAGACCACUUCCAGUUAACUCUAUAUUACUUUUAUCUGACAUUCAAUACAUGGAUUCUCAUUGA